AUGGUGGAUCACACAAGCGUCUCUGCGAAAUCUGCGCUGUCAGCCUCCUUCUCCUCCUCCAGCAGCCUCCCUCUCCCGGCUCCCCCCGCCGUCUCUCACGGCUCCCAGCAGUCGGCCGGGGGCAUGAAGCUGGAGGCGGUGAUGGAGAACCUGCAGCGGCAGCAGGCGGCCCGGCUCGCCCUGGAGGAGAAGCUCCGGCAGGCGGAGGCGGAGAAGGAGCUCCGGUCCAUGGUGGAGUCUCAAAUCCAGCAGCAGGCGCGCGCCUUUAGGCACUACCAGGCGGCCAUGAGAGGCGCUCUGACCGGGGGAGGGUCCGCCUCGGCUCCUGGACUGUCACUGCCUCUCAUGGAGGUCCGCAGAGCCGUGGGGGACCGGAGCGGCUCCAGACCGGACCGGGAAGAGGAGGAUGAGGGAGAGGAGCCGGACGAGCAGGAGAUCCUGGAUGAGGAGGAGGAUGAGGACGUGGAUCUGAACCACUUCACGCCGCGACAGUCCUCUCUGACAGGGACCCCGCUGCACCUCCUCACCCGAGUCCCACCCGCUUUCUCCCAGACCCGCCGUGCGGAGUCUCCGAACCCCCACAACCAGAACCAGCAACACGAGUGGACCUACGAGGAGCAGUUCAAACAGCUGUACGAGUUGGAUGAAGAUGAGAAGCGUAAAGAGUUUCUGGACGAUCUCUUCAGCUUCAUGCAGAAACGAGGGACUCCGGUGAAUCGGAUUCCUAUCAUGGCCAAGCAGGUGCUGGAUCUGUACACGCUCUACAAGCUGGUGACUGAAAAAGGAGGCUUAGUUGAAGUCAUCAAUAAGAAAAUAUGGAGAGAGAUCACCAAAGGCCUCCACCUGCCCACCUCCAUCACCAGCGCCGCCUUCACCCUCAGAACACAGUAUAUGAAGUACCUGUACCCCUAUGAAUGUGAGAAGCAGGGGUUGUCCUCUCCAGGUGAGCUUCAGGCAGCUAUCGACAGUAACCGGCGUGAGGGCCGUCGUCAGAGCUACGGGUCCGCCAUCUUUAAUUACUCUCCUGUGGGCACUCCCACCCUGCUGUCCCCUCAAAAGAUACACCUGUCCCACCUGUCCAUGCCCCCACACAACAGCAGCCACAUGGCCCAGGUGCCUGUCAUCAAGAAAGAGGAGCCCAUGAUCUCCAGCUGUCUGCCCGGACGCAUCGCCCUCCCCAUGUCGCCCAAUGGUCACCGAGCAGCGGCGGCAGCUCAAGCGGCGGCAGUGCAGGCGGCGGCUCUAGAGCAGCUGAGGGAGAAGCUUGAGGGUGGAGAGCCACCACAGAAGAAGAUGAUGAUGAUGGAGGAGCAGCAGAGGAUGAUGCAGCAUGCUCUGCAGCAGAACCUGCUGGCCAUGGCCUCCACCCUGCCUCUGAACAUCAAACUACACAACAGAGAUGAUAGACAAGAGGCCGCAUUGAACCUGUCUACCAGCGGCAUUAGCAGCAUCAACAUGUCAAUAGAAAUAAAUGGAGUUGUCUACACAGGUGUGCUGUUCUCGGGUCAGGCGGCGGUGGCGGCGAUGACGGGACACCGCGGGAGACACGGCAGCUGUCACACUCAGGAAAAGAGCUGUCCUUCUCAGUUCCAGCCCUCCUCCUCCUCCUCUUCAUCCUCCUCCUCUUCACUCCACAGAAACUCCUCCCCCUAAGCUUCCUCCCCCCUCCCCCCUCUUCACGUCACCCCCUCACCCGUCCAGCAGGGAGGAGGACUGCAGCUGG